AUGGGGCGAAACCACGAAUUGGGUGCCGCAUCAGAAGCCGCUUGUCUCUUGUUCUUUCGAUGUCCUCUUCUCGGUCCACCCAUUGCUGAUCCCGGAUCGGCUGCCGUGUAUGGUGGAGGUGGUUCCAAGACGAUCACAGCAGGAGACGAUGAAGAUGCUCCUGGUGGCAUCGCAGCAAUGAGAGGAAUUGGUGGACCAGCAACACCUGGUGGCGGAGGAACGGCAACUGGAACUUGA